CAAGUCAGGAAUAUGGCAACUCUAAAAGACAUUACCAGGCGCUUGAAGUCCAUCAAGAACAUUCAGAAAAUUACAAAGUCCAUGAAAAUGGUUUCUGCAGCAAAAUAUGCCAGAGCUGAGAGGGAGCUGAAGCCUGCUAGAGUCUAUGGAACAGGAGCACUGGCUCUCUAUGAGAAAGCAGAAAUAAAGGCACCUGAGGACAAGAAGAAGCACCUCCUUAUCGGUGUGUCCUCUGACCGAGGUCUGUGUGGUGCUAUCCAUACGUCUAUUGCUAAAACCUUGAAGAGCGAGAUUACCAACCUCUCCAAUGCAGGGAAAGAAGUUAUGGUGGUUGGAGUAGGUGACAAGAUCAGAGGCCUACUUCAGAGGACACAUGGCAAUUACUUGCUGCUGACCUUCAAAGAAGUGGGACGGAGACCUCCGAGCUUUGGAGAUGCUUCAGUCAUUGCCUCAGAGCUGUUAAACUCUGGGUUUGAAUUUGAUGAGGGCUCUGUCAUCUACAAUCGGUUCAGGUCUGUCAUCUCCUACAAGACCGAUGAAAAACCAAUCUUCUCCCUUGAAACAGUUGCUGGUUCUG